GGUUCCCAUAGCAACCACAAAAUGCCAUCAACAAGAUAACUGCUUUCUGUGACAAUGACAAAUCCAGGCAGCCAUAAACCAUUCAAGGCACCGACUCCUCCUGUCAUUGGUAAAGUCAGUCACCAUAGCAUUGACCUGAGCUGGGAGACAGAGGAGAAUGAACCACGGACAGGCUCACCAGAGAAAUGGACCCGCUUCUCUGUAGAAGAGAUGGACCCCAAAUCACACACAUAUGGGACUAUCUAUGUUGGGUACAGCAGUCACCACACUGUAGAAAGUUUGGAGCCCAGCACGUCCUAUAAGUACAGACUGAGAAUCACAAGACCAACUGGGGAGUCCCUCUACAGCCCGGCUGUGUCUGUCUCUACCACACGUGAGCCUAUGAGUGGGAAGAACCUCCACCGUGCUGUCAACAUGAAUGAUGAGGAGGACAUGACCAGAGUGUUGGAGUCUGGGACAGUCAGUGUGAACGUCAAUGACAAACACGGUUUCACUCCUCUCAUGGUGGCUGCACAGAAAGGCUUUGCCAGACUGGUUCACAAAUUGGUAGAACACGGUGCAGACGUGAAUAUGAAGAACGGUAGUGGGAAAGACAGUCUGAUGCUGGCAUGUUUCUUUGGCCACCUGGACAUAGUGAAGUACCUGAGGAGAUUUGGGGCCACGUGGCAGUCCCAGGACAUGGGGGGCUGUACCCCCCUCCACUGGGCAGCUGACGGAGGACACCUUGCUGUCAUAGCCUACAUGAUCCAGGAUGGCUGUGAGUUGGACGUUAGGGACACCGUGUCCCACUGGACUCCUCUGAUGAGGGUGUCAGCGGUCAGUGGGAACCCAGCGGUGGCCUCUCUCCUCAUCAGAGCCGGGGCUGAUGUCAACACCAGGGACAAGGAUGGCAAGACACCACUUAUGGUGGCAGUGUUGAACAACCAUGAGGAGCUGGUGCAGCUGUUGUUGGACAGUGGGGCCGACCACGAUGUGAAGAACGAGUUUGGGUCAGGUGCAGCUGAAAUGGCAAAGGCCUUUGGAAGAGAGGUAAUGUAUUUCUCCAUAUCCAUUACUGUUGUGUUGUAUGCUACUGUUAUAGUGAAAAUAUGAGCAAAUUCUGAUUACCAUUUUUCCCCCCUCCAGAAUAUCAUCAGUUUAUUAGAAGGACGGAAGAGUAUAGUCAGAGAUGGUAUAGUCCAUUAUUAAAGAGUAUAGUCAGAUGGUAUAGUCCAUUAUUAAAGGGCUUAGGUGGACAGCAUUAUUAUUCUAAUAGCUUUAUUACUGUUGUUUAUUUAUUAACAUAUUGUAUGUAUGUGCUGUAUCUUAAACCUGUAUUUUCAUCUGGAUAUUUGUUUUGUAUAACAAAACAUGUAUACAUAUACCGAUUUUUAAGGAUGAAUGAAAUAAUAAACCAUUAAGAAUUCCCUCAAGACCCAAAGGAUUGACUUGGUUUCGCUAUACCGUACAGAUACAGUGAGCACCAAACUUAUUGGGACAGUGACAUUUGUUGUUGUUUUGGCUCUGUACUCCAGCACCUAGGGAAAAUUCACUUACAGUACCAGUCAAAAGUUUGGACAUACAGUGCCUUGCGAAAGUAUUCGGCCCCCUUGAACUUUGCGACCUUUUGCCACA